AUGUAUGUUGUUGAAAAACCAGGAAAAAACUUGGAAGCUAAAUUUAUUACCUUAGAAGGUGGAGAAGGGUCGGGAAAAUCAACCCAGAUUCAAAAGAUCAAAGCUUUUUUAGAGUCUAAAGAGAUUCAGGUUUAUUUAACCCGUGAACCAGGCGGCAGUCCUCAGGCAGAAGAAAUUCGGAAGCUUUUGGUUGAAGGGGAGACAGGACGUUGGGAUGGUUUAAGUGAAUAUCUGCUUUUAUCUGCCGCCCGUCGUCAGCAUCUGAUCCAAACGAUUUGGCCAGCGCUUGCCAAAGGAAAAUGGGUUAUUUGUGAUCGUUUUCAAGAUUCCAGUGUGGCGUAUCAAGGAUAUGGUCAUGGGGUUUCUCUCCCUUUUUUGGACGAAGUCUAUCGUCAUAUUGCUGGUGAUUUUCAGCCUCACUUGACUUUGGUUAUGGAUAUUCCCCUAAAAGAAGGUCUUUCUCGUACACAAGACCGUGACCAUGGCGCAGAGGAUCGUUAUGAGCGUAUGGAUCUAAACUUUCAUGAACGCCUUGCAAAGGGGUAUGCAGAUCUAGCAAAGAAAAAUCCAGACCGAUGUGUCAUGAUUAACGCAGCACAAUCUAUAGAAGAUGUAUGGAGAUCAAUACAAACGGUUUUAGAGGAGCGGUUGAAUGUGUAA